UCCAUUUUCAAUUUAAUGGCCGUAAGACAAUUCCAAUUCAACUUCUCGCGCGAUAGAUUGGUCUUUCUCUUUCGGACAUCUCAAUCUCAUUCCUUCUUUCGUAAUAAUAAAUCCCCACAAUCUUUUAUCUCUUUUCCCUCUUCUUUCUUCCUCCGCCGCCUAGCUGCGUCCGCAGCAACUCCGCCACCGCCUCAAGACCAUCGCCGCCGUCCGCGGCUUCCUCCUCCUGACGACAUGGCGCAGAAAUUCGGAAAAUCCACUCGCCGCCCCGGCGCUUCCUCCAAGGCUAGGGUUUACGCCGAUAUCAACGUCGUUCGCCCUAAGGAAUAUUGGGACUACGAAACCCUCACCGUUCAGUGGGGGGAGCAGGAUGAUUAUGAGGUGGUGAGGAAGGUCGGUAGGGGGAAAUACAGUGAGGUGUUUGAAGGGGUUCACUGUACUGAUAAUGAAAAAUGUGUUAUUAAGAUCCUCAAACCUGUGAAGAAGAAGAAGAUCAAGAGAGAAAUCAAAAUAUUACAGAAUCUUUGCGGAGGGCCCAAUAUUGUUAAGUUGCUUGACAUUGUUAGAGACCAGCAGUCGAAGACCCCAAGUCUCAUAUUUGAAUAUGUCAAUAACACUGAUUUUAAAGUACUUUAUCCUUUAUUGUCAGACUAUGACAUACGAUACUAUAUCUAUGAACUUCUAAAGGCCUUGGAUUACUGCCAUUCACAAGGAAUCAUGCAUCGGGAUGUAAAGCCCCACAAUGUAAUGAUUGACCAUGCUCAGCGUAAGCUUCGCCUUAUUGAUUGGGGGCUUGCAGAAUUCUAUCAUCCUGGGAAAGAAUAUAAUGUUCGUGUGGCUUCAAGAUAUUUCAAAGGUCCGGAGCUUCUUGUUGAUCUACAAGACUAUGAUUACUCUCUAGAUUUGUGGAGUCUUGGUUGUAUGUUUGCUGGGAUUAUAUUCCGGAAGGAGCCGUUCUUUUAUGGACACGAUAACUAUGAUCAACUGGUCAAGAUAGCUAGGGUACUUGGGACAGAUGAAUUAAAUGCAUAUUUGAAUAAGUAUCGUAUUGAGUUGGACCCACAUCUUGCAGCACUUAUUGGGAGGCACAGCAGAAAGCCAUGGCAAAGGUUCAUUAAUGUUGAAAAUCAACACUUGACUGUUCCUGAGGCUGUUGACUUUGUUGACAAGUUAUUACGAUACGAUCACCAAGAACGCCCCACUGCAAAGGAAGCCAUGGCCCAUCCAUACUUCAAUCCAAUUAGAAGUGCAGAAAGUAGUAGAGCUCGCGCACAUUGAGCUACUGAUGCUUGUGGAGAUUGUCUUUGCGAACAUUGAGCUGCUGAUGCUUGUGGAGAUUUAUGUUGUUCGUCUUUGAUUGGGGGCUUUAUCUGAACGGUUGAACUUUUAUUUGUGGUGGAACUUGCUUUUGGGAGAUUCUGCCCCUUUCUGUUGUAAAAUUCAAUUUGAUUAGCUCUUUUGCCCUACUUUACUUGCCUUUGGUUUCUUAUUUUGUAAUUUAUAUGUGGAAUAUCAUGGUCUCAAUUCAACAAUUUCAUUUGAUUGCGUGCUGAGUUUGAAAAUGAAAUCUUGAUUCAAUGAGUUAAA